AUGAAAAUCCAAAUAGAGCCGGCGCAAUUUCCUGAAGACGCGGAUGCCAUUCUAUCAUUGUUUUCUGGCUAUGCUACAUCCCUCGGUAUCGAUCUUACCUUUCAAUCAUUCGAAGAGGAGCUGAAUUCCCUCCCUGGGAAAUAUGCACCGUCCCAAGGGGGAUCUCUCUUGAUCGCACGGGCGGAGCUUAAUUCUCUCACUGGAAAAUAUACCUCAUAUCAAGGGGGUUCUCUCUUGGUUACACGGGCAGAUACGGGUUUUCAAGAACAGAAUACGAACGCUGCUGGACUAGGACUAGUCGACUCAAUAAGUUCUCCACAGUCAUCAUCCGUCCUCGGAUGUGUGGCACUCCGGCGCAGCUCUGAUGGCUGGUGCGAGAUGAAGCGUCUGUAUGUUCUCAAGGAAGCUCGUGGAGAACAUCUGGGCGAAAAACUUGUCCAGGCAAUCCUCGUACAAGCCAGAGAUUUGGGCUACCGCGGAGUACGUCUAGAUACACUGCCUGAAAUGACAGCUGCACAACGGCUGUAUCGAAAAUAUGGAUUUGUGGAUAUUGUACCGUAUUACGAGACUCCAAUUCAAAGGACCGUGUUCAUGGGUUGCGAGUUUUCAUGA